CGCUGCCGCAGCCUCCGCCGCUCCAGCCCCGGCUCAGCAGUGCGUCCCCUCCCCGCCUCGCCGCUCCGCUCGCGGGCUCGCGGGCUCCCUCGCUCGCUCCCUGCCCCCGCCGCUGCCGGCGCCGCGCCGAGCGGAGCCCGGCCGGCCGCGGGCUGCCUCUCUCGAGGUCCCUUUCCCGAGGGGGGAGGUGGUGGGGGCGCGGCGCAGGCGGGGCGGGGAGGAGAGGAGAGUCCGGGGGAGGCGGCAAGGCUGCGCCCUCGGCUCUCUUCCGAUCCCCGCGGGCCCUGCGGCCCCAGGCCGGGCCGGAGAGCGCCGGGCCGGAGAGAGCCGAGCCGCCAGGCAGCGGAGGGAGAGAGGAGGAGGACCUGGAGUCUCGCCGCGGGAGGGUGCCCAGGGCGAGGGCGUGCGAGGGGGAGUGACUCCGCGCGCGAGGGGCAGCAGCAUCUGCUUGAGACCAAGCCCGGCCACCUGGCAAGGUGGGGCCCCCUACCGCGCAAGCUUCGCGGCUGGCCCCCGGCUCUCAGCUCCGAGUGCAGAGGCUGAAGAGGUACCCAGGGGACACACUGCCUCUAACCCCACGUAUGAGCCGCUCUCUCUCCUCUCGGAGGGCGAAGACACCAUCGGAAGGUCGAGAUUCGCCCUCCUAUUCCGCCACGUCUACCCACUACCCAGACCGAGAGUCUGGACUUGAGAGCGUGAACUCUCACCCGAGCCGGUCCCCUUCCAACGGGAGCCCGCCCAGCUCCUCAGUCCCUCCAUGAAGCCCAUGGGUCCCCACUGCCCCGUGCCUCGUCGACCCAGGAUGGGGAGUGGGAAGGUCAGCAUGGGCCCACAGGGCCAGGUGUUCGGCCCAGAUUCCCACCCUCAGGGCGGCGGCGCGCAAAGGGCGCAGUCCCAGACGCUGGGCGGACCCGCGGCUCCGGCUUUCCCGGUGUCUCCAGCCUCGGUGCCUGGAACCCCCGAUCUCGGCCUGGCGCUCCGGAAGCGAGGCAGCUCGGUGCCCCAGCAGGGACGGGUAACGCUUGGCUUGAGGGAUCACAUUUCUGGGUGUGGAGAGGUGGGUGCCGAGGCAGAGGAACGCGAAGUGCGUUGUGACCGCGGGGGUGUUCUAGACUGCGAGGGUGUUCUAGACCCUAGGACAACUGUAGACCCAGGGCUGGAAAACGACCUCCCUGAAUCCGGAACGGGGCUUCUGGCUUGUGAGAACCCCUAGCCCUCCUCCAGAUGAAGGAGUGGGAGUCGGUAAUUGUGGCCUGGGCCCUUGUGGGCCCCUGGCACCUUGGAGUCCCUCAUUCACUCACUCUUACUUUUUCCGGAGCCCCCUUCAGUCUGUCAGUUUAAAAGGUACACAAUUGGCCCUUCAGGAGGUGGGCGUGGGCUCCAUUAGCGUUUGCCAGGAGUCCCGGAGCUGUGUGGGAUUUGCAUACAGUAAUAAUGAUUAACAACACUGCCACUCCCUGGCAGACAGGGGAAGAAUUCAGGGAAGGCCCUGGCGCUGCUCCCACCUCCCUCCUCCCUUCCCUCUGGGGAAGGGCUAAUUUUCUGGCAACUGCACACCUCAGUUCCUCUGACCCCGGGGAGACAGUGCCUCGGGUCCUGGGUGGUCACUACUCAGGAGGCGGGGGCACUUUCCUUCAGUCCUCCGUCCCAUGUUCAGGUCGGGAAAGUGAAACCCAUAUUUUUUUUCUGCCCAGGUUUGAACUCCUGUACAUUCUCUCUGUUGUUUAGCAUCUUGGGGGCAGCUCAGGGGUUGAGUCUUCCUCACUGUUUGGAGGCCUCAGGAGACAGUUGGGGACAUCUUUUCUCCUCAGAAAGUCAACUAACGGGACAGUUGUGGCCUCCUGAGACUCGUAAGCUCCGUUUGAAGACCAGACACUGGUCCAGACACCUGCCUCCUCUUUCCUCAUAAGCUCGUAACUCAUUGCUUAAGUGUGGUAGCUGUAGACUAUUCUCUCCUUUCUGUCUUAACCAUCUAGGGAAAAUAGGAAAGACUGGGAUUUCUAGUCUAGGCCAGUGUGAGUUUUGUUUACCAGCCCUUCCUACAACCAGGUGAUCUGCAAAAUGAGAGCAAGCAAUGGGGAGAAAGGAGGCCCCUUGGCUCAGGCAGCUGGAGUAGCCCUACUGCCCAGGAGAUGCUGUCCCUCCUACCAGUCCCCAGUCAUCUAUUGCAUCUUUCCAGCACUGCCUGUCCUCACCUUCCCCCUCUGCCUCUGGUCCCGGCCUGGCCGGGAUUUUCACUUGGUUUUCCCCCAUGACACGGCCGCUUUUCCUUUAACUCUCAGCUUCUAUUUAAAAAGCUAAUUUGGGAGCUUGUCGAUGCUCCCAAUUCAGACAUUUUAAAUAGGAACUGAAAGUCAGGAGCUGCCAGGGCACUAGAUUUCCUCCCGUUGCCACCAGCACAGCUGAGGCAUUUGUUCAGUCACUCCUCUGGCCCUGGCCGUGUGUGUCUGUGUGUGUGAGCACCCGCGAGCUCAGAGUGUAUUUCAGGCUAUCUUUUCUAUUUAAAGAUGGUGCUCCUAUGGAUGACUAUUCUUUCUCUGUGUGUGUGUCCUUUCCAAGCUGUGCACACAUGAGGAUUCUUCUUUAGUCCCAUGGCUCUGGCCGGUAUUUGCAAAGCUUGUCACCGUGUGGACUGUGAGGGUAAUAGGCAGCCCAGCUCAAAGUCGGCUGCUUCUUUGCUGACGUGCCAGGCUGGUGUGUCUGCGUGGCUGUUUCCCAGGGCUGCUCUGUUCAGGGUCUCUUUUUGAAGCUAUGCCUCAUAUGCCUCAGGGUGUCCUUAAGGGUCACUCCCACCCUCACUGCUUAUAGCUGUCCUAUUUUAGCAAUCUGCCCCAUGCUGGGGCAAGAAUUUUGGGGGUGGGCUGUACCUCUGAGGGUUACAGCCUUUCUACGUUUAGGGUGCUAUGUACCUUGGAAGUAAAAAGCACAGACUUUGAGGUGAGACUGCCUGGGUUUGAACCUGCCUCUGCUGUUAAUUAGCUGUGUGAUCAUGUGGAAGGUACUUACUCCCUCUGUGCCAUGAUUUCUUCCUCUCUCAAAUGGCAAUAAAUAAUACUGUCUACUUUA